AUGAUACCCCCAGACAAAUCAUGCAUAUUUCUAGAUGGAAGUGGGUUUAGAGUGACUGAAAUUCAAUGGAAUGACCAUGCAACAACAGCUACUAGUCCCACCUUUACUUCUUAUGCACAAAACCUUGUAGUACAAGGCAUCACUUUUAGGAAUACUUAUAAUGCACUUGGAAGUGUGACUAGACGUGAAGAUAUAAAACCAGCAAUUGCAGCUCUAAUCCAAGGAGACAAAGCGAUAUUUCAUAAAUGUGGUUUCAUUGGUUUGCAAGAUACUUUGUGGGAUGGUCCUGGCCGUCAUCUAUUCACUCAGUGCUACAUUGAAGGUGUCAUUGAUGUCAUUUCUGGUUUCGGUCAGUCUAUCUAUAAGGAAUGUGUGAUAAACAUACCAAUCAAUGCGUAUGCUCCAUUGCUAAAUGAAGGUUUUAUAACAGCUCAAGGAAAGGAGAAUCCAAGUGAAAGCAGCGGAUUCGUAUUCAUUAGAUGCAUAGUGAAGGGAAGUGGGAAGGUUUUUCUUGGAAGGGCUUAUAGACCUUUCUCCACUGUCAUUUUCCAUCUCUGUUUUCUACCUUCUUGCAUUGACCCUGCUGGUUGGAAUUCUUGGCAACAAGUUGGCCAUGAGAGUAAUCUGACGUAUUCAGAGACUCGUUGUAUUGGACCAGGAGCAGAUACUUCAAGCCGUGUGCCUUGGCUUAAGAGAUUGGAUGUAUAUCAAAUCAGACGAUUUACAGAUAUUUCUUAUAUUGAUCCACAAGGUUAUUGGACUUCAAGGCUUCCCGUUUUAUCCUAA